AUGCAUUUCCAAGCAGAGGAAGCUUCAUCACCAAAAGCCAUGUACCUGAAACAGAACAGAGUGAGUAGGGAAGAAAGGAAUGCCAGAAAGCACUGUGGAGAUGAGGCUGGAAAGGAACCCAGAGUUCGCCGGCGGAAACCCGAGCUCCCGAGCCAGAGCGGGGAGCUCUCCCGGCGGCAGACGGCUCCAGCCGCGGUCUCCCGGCGCUUCCAGGCCUCGUCCGGGGGCUCGGGCCUCUCGGACCCGCUCCCCGAGCUCGACUGUGCGCGGACGCCCACCGCCCGGCCAGCCCGGCCCUCGGCCCGCAGGCCGUCACCUAGCAACAGUCGCCAGCACCGGGGGUGGGGGCGGGGCUUCGGGCCGGGGGCGGGGCCGGCGCGCGAGCGAAUGGCGGUUCUUUUGACUCCGCGGUUUCGCAGCCUAGGCAGCCGGAGCGAGCUUCCCGGCCCAGGGCGGAGCGGGUCGAGUUUCCUAAGCCGUAGAAGUGGCUUCUGCCGGAAAAGGAGGACAGGAUGUUCUGGUCUUUUCAAGCUACUCAGCUAUGGGAUGGGUAUUAUUCACUCCCUUCAGACUCAAGUGGAAAUAAAAAGGAGGAGGCAUCAUUUAUGAACAUACAAAGACUGUUUUACUGGUUCUGAUGCUGUUGAUGUAGUAUUGUUCCUAUGGCAAAAUAUGUGCCUAAGUAGUAAUGAUCUCUCUCAUCUUAAAGGAGUUCGUCUUUGCCAAGUUCUAAUGAACCAUAAGGCAUUUCAACCAGUAGGAGUGAAGCUAUUCAAAAAUGAGAAAGAAUUGGAAUUUGAAGAUUCAAAAAAUAGCUAUAGGUUUCUAGGCAAUAAAUCAACUUUUUUUUGCGAAAGAAAAAAAGAUGCUGAGAAUGGAUUAACAGAUAAAAUAAAUGCAAAGGAAUCUUUAAAACCAGAAUAUGAAAUAAUUUGAAAUCCUCUAGCAGAAAUUGAUGAGAAAAGAAUUAAGGAACUUAUUCAUGCAGAGAGUGGGAAUCUGGCUUUACCUCCAAAUAACACAGUUGACAAACCUGUUCUCCCGCUUUCAGAAGAAGUGAAGACAAUGGGUGGCUUCCUGCAAAGGGGUGUAAAGCAAGCAUGUCAAGAGAUUGACAACUGGCUUAAUGCAGCAAUUGAACGCAUGGAGUAUUUCCCUGACCAGUUCGUCGUUUCAGUUAGUCAGCAGUUCGUGCAAAACAGAAGUGAAGAGACAAGACUGAAUAAACAGAAGAAGAUACUCUUUGAUGUCAUAGUAAAAUAUUAUAAUCAAGAGAGAUAUUGCCUGUUAACUGAUGAGUAUUUUGAUAUUCGUUCAGGAAUUAUUGAACUUUUAGAAAAUGAGAAAAGAACAGAAGCACUGGAGGCAACACAACUCUAUCUAAGAUUGUUAUUGCCCAACAUUAGAGAAGAAUUAGGACGGCUACUUACUUUUAUGGCUAUCGCAUCAGAGCCUAAUGCCUACAAGUUACAAAAACAGUAUAACAAAACGGUUGUCCUGAAAACUCUUGCCAAAGCAGUUUUUCAAACCAAAUCAUUAUCAAAAGUACAGGCAGAACAACUCAUCUGGUUUCUACUGGAAUAUCACUCUGAGCUCUUCAAGACAGCAGUUACUUUAUUGGACCUGGUUAGUAAGAAACUGAAGAAACUUUUGCAUGGAAAAGAUCCAGAUGCCAUAUCAGGCUUCACAUUUUGCCAACGCCUGACAUACAAGGAAUUUGAAAAACACAAGGAAAGGACAACUCAGUUUCUUCACCAGUUGGCUCUUGAGAUUACUAAUAACCCCCGCAUCUCUUUGAAACCAAGAUAGAAAUUUAGGAGUUUCAAAAAUAUCUGGAAGCUUUGCAUUAACAUUUCUGUGGCAGAAAACUACAAUUUGUAAAUGUAAACAAAUCUCAGGUGUUUCCUCAAACUACCACACUGACACCUCAGGGACAGAACAGCCUCCAAGCAUUGUAAAUGUAAUCGUGCAUAAAAUGUCAAGGAAAGUGGUCAAAAGGUACAAACUUCCAGUUAUAAAGUAAAUGAGUCCUGGGAUGUAAUGUACAGCAUGGCAACUAUAAU